CAAAAGCCCAUCUCAUUAGCCGCCCCAUCCCUUCCUUCGUAGACGACUAACGCAAAAGCGCAGAAGCUAGAGACGAAGCCUACUGCCGAAUCCGAAUCGGAAGGAGAGUGCCGACUGCUGAGAACGCGGCCGGUAGAGAGACGCCGCAGCUGCCGCCAGACGCCGCUUCACCCUCCAGCCCUAAAUGAUGGCCUAUGCACAAAUUGGUAGAAAUGUCAUCCGCCAGCAGUUGUCUGCAUCGGAGAGAGGGAUCCAGCAUCCACUGUUCUAUGCCGUUCAGGGUGUCCGUCAUAGGAAAUUGGAAGUCAUUCUCACCAAUAGCAUUGACAAGCUUGGAAAAGCCGGUGAUACGGUGAAAGUUGCACCAGGGUUCUUCCGGAACCAUCUGAUGCCAAAACUGCUUGCUGUCCCAAACAUUGACAAGUAUAGGUAUCUUCUCAAAGAUCAGAGCAAGAUUUACCAACCAAAAGAAGAUGCAGAAGUUAAAGUUGUUUCACAAACCAAUGAAGACAAGAUGAAAGAAUACCAGACAGCAGCCAAUCGCCUCGAUAGAACUAUGGUGGUUUUGAGGAAGUUCAUCAAAGUUGACAAUGAAAUACGAGAACCCGUGACGAAAGAAGAAAUUAUUGCUGAGGUUGCAAGACAGCUUUCAGUGAGCAUAGAACCUGAAAAUGUGCAUUUGCCGUCUCCCCUGUCCUCUUUGGGUGAGUUUGAAGUGCCACUACGGCUUCCAAGGUCCAUCCCUUUGCCUGAGGGGAAGCUUCAAUGGGCUCUCAAAGUCAAAAUCAGGAGAAAAUGAAUCAAUGGACUCUGCAACUCAUCAAACACUUCGCCAGGAGAUCGAUUUUUUACUUUCGUCGAGAAUGCAAAAGUAAGCUGGCUCUAGAUGAAGGGCCAUGAGAGAUGGACCAAGUAGUCUAGUCUUGGUUACUACUGUAUUGAAUUGCUGGUUACAUCUGUAUUGCUGAUUGGUUCUUGACUUGAUGGUUGAACAUAUUGAUGUAACAAGUACUCAUUGCUCAAGGCCUAAUCAAUAAAGCGUUUGUUCUCUU